AUGUCAGCGGCGAUUCGGGUAGAAGGUCUGGUAAAACGCUACGGCUCCUUUACGGCGGUGAAUGACAUUUCAUUCGACGUUAAAGAAGGCGAAAUUUUUGGCAUAUUGGGCCCAAACGGUGCCGGCAAGACAACCACUCUCGAGAUAAUCGAAGGCCUGCAAAAACCAACCGCCGGAAAUGUAAACGUCCUGGGCGGCGAUGUUCUGAGGGAAGCUAACCGGAUUAAAUCCCGCAUUGGUAUCCAGCUACAGGCCUCUGCUUACUUCAAUUACCUCUCUCUCCUGGAAAUCCUGCGGCUCCUGGCGAGCUUCUACCCCAAGAGCGCUAACGCUAACGAACUUCUCAAUGUGGUGGGGUUGGAAGACAAAGGGAAGAGCCGCAUUGACCAACUCUCCAUCGGCCAAAGGCAGCGUUUCACCGUGGCGGCCAGCCUGAUCAAUGAUCCGGAACUGGUCAUACUAGAUGAACCUACUACCGGGCUGGACCCGCAAGCCCGUCACAACCUGUGGGAUCUUAUCCGCGACAUCAACCACCGAAAAGUUACCGUUGUCCUGACCACCCAUUACAUGGAAGAAGCGGAGUCACUGUGCCAGCGAUUGGCCAUAAUGGACCAGGGGAGGAUUAUUGCCAUUGACUCUCCCUCCAACCUGAUCAGCCAGAUUGAAACAACCUACACUAUAAAACUAGUAACAUCGAACCCCCUCACCGUGAAACAACAGAGCACUCUUCAAAAGGGAGCGACCUUUCAGGAAGUGGAGAUAGAUCCCGACAGUCAGCCGCUGGCAGGCAAUCCCUACGUUCUUCGACUGGACAAGACUUCGGAAGCCCUCAAUGACACCCUGGAUGGGAUAGUCAGCAGCGGGAUUUCCCUGAAACACCUUGAGAUACUCCCCGCCACCCUUGAGGACGUGUUCCUGGAACUCACCGGCAACGAAUUGCGGGAGUAA